GAGACGUGCGAUUAGGUGGAAAGUACGAAAGUUCGUUGAAAUGGCCAAAUCGAAGCGGAAAUUCAAAUUGAAACUUUGGAUCAAAAUUAUUCAGCGAGUGGCGGCUCUUGUGGGGCGAUCCAUUCCCACCCGAUUCUACACCGUUUACAAUGGCGUCGGCUUCGUUGCCAUGUGCUACUUGGUAGUCACGGCCAUCAGCAAAUCACGAUCGGAUAACAGCAGCAGCAGCACUGAUGUCAUUCAUUCCAAUCACGUUAUUGCUCAGAGCGAAGAAGGAAUCCGGCAGCUGGAUCCAUUGAUUGUGAAAGAGGAAUCGGAUAAUCCAGCACCAAAGACGAUUUUGUUCUGGACUCCGUAUUAUAACCACUCGGAUUACACAUUCGGAUUGGGACAGGAUCCAUUCAUCAAAUUCGGAUGUAAAGUGACCAAUUGCAUUGCAACUGCCGAUCGGAAACUUCUCAAUCAAAGCGACGCCGUCAUCUUUCACGCGCUGCAGGUCAACAGUCGAGACCUUCCGGCUCAUCGGCAUCCGCACCAGCGCUUCAUCUUCUUCCUGUACGAGACGAUUCCCAACACGUCCGUCCCCUGCGUCGGGAAAUGUUUGCCCUCGAGCCAAUACACUCCGCAUUAUUUCAACUGGACGAUGACACACCGGAGGGACUCGGAUGUUUACGUGGCCGAACCUUACGGCGCCAUUGCCCCCAAAUAUUGGACCCUUCCCGCCCAGUUGCCGGAUGAAUUGCCACCCGACACUCUUCCGGCCAAUCCGGCCGUCCUACUCAACCGGAAGUAUCCGCAUUUGGCCAACCGGACCAAGAUGGUGGCCUGGUUCGCCUCCCAUUGCCCGACGCACAGCCAACGCGAAGAUUACGUCAAGGAAUUGGCCAAUUUCGUCCAGGUGGACAUUUACGGCAAAUGCGGAACGAUGGAGUGUCUUCCGCGCAACAGCCACCGCUGUGAGAGUUUGCUGGACGAUUACAAAUUCUAUUUGGCUGCCGAGAAUUCCCUGUGUCCGGAUUACAUCAGCGAGAAAUUCUACCGGGCCCUGACCAACGACAUUGUGCCCAUCGUCUACGGCGGUGCGGAUUACACGGACUACGCCCCUCCGCACUCGUUCAUCAACAUGGCCGAUUUCGCCUCGCCCAAAGACUUGGCGGCCUAUUUGAAGCUGCUGGCCAGCAACGAGGCCCUGUACGUGGAAUAUUUCCAGUGGAAGAAACACUACGCCGUCGUCCGCUCGCCCAAAAAGGGAUGGUGCGACCUGUGCGCUAAAUUAAACGAUCCAAAUGCCCAAUCGCAAAGCAAAAGUUACGAGGACGUGGCCGAAUGGUGGGUCCGCAAAUUGCCCUGCUAUCCAGGCUCCUCUUUCCUUUCGAACCACACUUCGAUACCAUCCAGUUGAGCCGAUAUUCGACAAGAAAAUAUUUAAAAAUGACCCGUCGUGAAACUAUUCACCUUCUCCUCUAUUGAAAUAAAAAUGAGUUACGCUAAAGAGUAAAGACGAACCACGCCCCUUGAAUUUCUGUACAAUUUCAGACAGGGGUGUAACCUCUACCUCGUUUUACAGCAACAUCCCUAUCGAUGCUCAAAAAGAUUAUUAUGCAACGCCUUUGUCAAUAACCGCGAAAUGAUGCGCUUUUUGUCAUUUCCGUCUUUAUUCAAAUUUUUAUUUCUUCUGUUUUCUCUGAGGUUAUUGACUCUUGAUGAAUAAAAUUUCCAGAGAAGAAAAUAAAAUAAGAUUUGAUGUGGCAGACUGGCAGUGGAUGUAAUCCAUUACCUUCCCCGUGUCAAAAAGAAAAGUCCUUGGUUAAAAAAGAUGAUUUGCACAAAAGCCAAAAUCGUACCACGCCCACAGUGACACAUUCGAAAAAUCUUUUUCUCUUUUUUUUUGUUCCGGAACGAAGGUUAGGGGACGCAACGCCAUAUAUAUACCUUUUCAGGUGUAUGCUAGACUAAAUUUGUAUAAGAAAACCCAAAACAUCUGCUGUACCUUUGUCCAGUCAUUUGUGAACAUUUUUUUCUUUUCACUUUUCAGAAAAAUUGUCGUCCUUAUUUCAUUCUGAUACUAACGUGAAAAAUCCUCAUAUGACUAUUAGUAGAUUUUUUAAAAAUCUUAAAAUCUUA